AUGCAUGUUCUAACAAAGCCUAUUGGGAUGGGGACACAACUCAUUAGGCAUCCCCUCAAAGAAGAGAGCCUCAACAUUCCAUCAAUUCCACCUGGUUUCGAGUCUUUUACACCUUUUAGAAUAGACGAUGAUACCCCCGCAUCCACAAUUGGUUCUGCAUUACAAACAGCAAAAAAAGAACAAGAAAUCGUGCACCAUGAGGAUAAAAAAGUAAAAAGGUCUCUUAGGCGUAAACCAGGGAUAAACUAUGCUAAUUUUGAUUGCUCUUCAGGAGACGAGUCUAAUUCCAAGACAUUCAAUCACAUACACAUUGUCAUUGCAAAAUGGCAUCCAGAAGAAGCCCGGUUGCCUAAUCUUUCAGAGGCUCCUGUUUUUUAUCCGAAUGAAAAGGAGUUUGAGAAUACUUUAGAGUACAUUGCAAGCAUACGCGAUAAAGCAGAAGUAUAUGGCAUAUGUCGUAUAAUACCACCUUCAUCAUGGAAACCUCCAUGCCCUCUCAAGGAAAAAACCGUGUGGGAAACUUCCAUGUUUUCCACUUGUAUUCAAAGGGUUGACAAACUUCAAAAUCGGGAUUCCUUGAAAAAAUCUUUCAAACCAAAUCACCACAAAAAGAAAAGAAGGCGAAGAAGCACAAAAGCAGGUGUUGAUCAAGAUCAUGAGACCCCUGGUUCUUCGAGUCCAAUGGCUCAUGAUUUUGGGUUCGAAUCUGGUCCAAGUUUCACCCUUGAUGGAUUCAAGAAAUAUGCGGAUGAUUUCAAAACACAAUAUUUUAGAAAAAAUGUGGAUGAAUCCAAUACUAAAAGAUCAUGUGAACCCUCUAUUAUAAACAUUGAGGGUGAAUAUUGGCGUGUGGUAGAGAAGCCUACCGAAGAUGUCGAGGUGCUUUAUGGAGCUGAUUUAGAAACGGUAACAUUUGGUAGUGGUUUUCCCAAUAUGCCCUCACAAGUUGAAGGUGUGGAUGAAAAGUAUUUAAAAUCCGGUUGGAACUUGAAUAACUUCCCAAAGCUUCCAGGACAAGAUGCCAUUAAAUUAGAAGAAGCUAUGAGAAAGCAUUUACCCAAUCUUUUUGCACAACAACCAGAUUUGCUUCAUAAACUUGCUGUGAAUGUGGCUCCUUUUGAUUGGUUGCUUCAUGGGCAUAAUGCAAUUGAACUUUAUCGUGAACAAGGGAGAAAAACGUCAAUUUCUCAUGAUAAACUCUUGCUUGGAGCUGCAAGAGAUGCUAUAAAAGCUCAAUGGGAAAUGAAUUUGCUUCGAAAUAAUACGCCUGAUAACCUAAAAUGGAAAGAUGUUUGUGGGAAAGAUGGGAUCCUAUUGAAAGCCCUCAAGGAACGUUUGGAAAUGGAGCAUGUGAUGAGGGAUUAUCUUUGCAAAACUGGUCAAAAAGCAUUAAAAAUGGAAGCCACAUUUGAUGUCACAAAUGAGAGAGAAUGCAGUGUUUGUUAUUUUGAUUUGCAUCUUUCGGCUGCAGGGUGUCAUAAUUGCUCACCUAACAAGUAUUCUUGCUUGAAUCAUGCAAAAGAAUUUUGUGGGUGUUCAUUGAACUCAAACUUUUUCCUUUUUCGUUAUGACAUGAGUGAUUUGGGGAUUCUUGUUGAAGCUUUAGAAGGGAAAUUAAGUGCAAUUUAUAGAUGGGGAAAACUUGAUCUUGGACUCAUAUUAACCAACCAUGCCCCUAAAGAUUUGGGUAUGAUAAAGUCACCAUCCAAAGAGACUUUGGUUGUGAAAAAUAGUGAUGAUGUUAUUAUUCUUAGUGAUGAUGAGGGUGAAAAUUCGGUCAAAAAAGACAAAUCUUGCAAAAGUGAUACACUACCGGCUCGUGGGUCCCACCAAGAAAUGGUUUCCUCCCAAAACAAUCUUGAGAGAUGUAAAAGACGUAAAGGUCCUUGUAUUGCUAAGGUUGUUAGAAGGUUAAAUUGCAAUGUUGAGCUUCUUGAAUUUGGAAUUGUGCAAUCAGGAAAGUUAUGGUGUGAUAGUUGUGCCAUUUAUCCUAAAGGAUUCCGGAGUAGGGUUAAGCAUAUAAAUAUUCUUGAUCCAACAAAUACAUGCUACUACAUUUCAGAAAUCUUGGAUGCAGGAUGGGAUAGACCUAUAUUUAUGGUUUCUUUGGAGAAUUGUGUAAGUGAAGUGUUUAUCCAUUUAUCAGCUGUGAAAUGUUGGGAUAUGGUGAGGGAGAGGAUUAAUCAAGAAAUCUUGAAGCUUCAUAAGUUGGGAAGAUUAAAGCUUCCACCUUUACAACCUUCUGGAAGUCUUGAUGGCAUGGAAAUGUUCGGUUUCUCCUCCCCUUUCAUCUUACAGAUAAUCUUGAAUGUUCAGUUUCGCGGGAUUCAAUCAAAGGAUAAGCAUCAGAUGUGUAAAGAAUACUGGGAAUCAAGGCCUUUUCACACUCAAUCCCAUGAUGAUAUAUCUGGGAAUUCAUCUGUAAAUACUGAAGAUCAAAGUAACUCAGGAGAUGAUACCAUAGUAUCGGGUUUGCUCAAGAAAGCAAAUUUAGAUGAAUUAAAUGUGUUUAAAACCGUUUUAACUAAUGAUGAUUCAAAUCAGAAUAAGGUAAUGAGACUCCUCAAUGAAGAGAUUGUGAAACGACUGAGACAAAUAAAAAAAAAAAGCUCAUGGGUGUUUGGAGCAAUGAGGUGA